UGCUGAUCAAGUCGGGCUGGGUAUCAGUCAGCAGGUGAUUCUCUAUCCGGACGGGCUUAAACAACGAUAUACUGCGCAUCUGCCCCCAGGAGGGCUCCUGCGGCUGGCUCUGGGGCCCGGAGGCGGGGCCUGUUCACUCUCCGCAGCUGCGGCUAUAAAUCGGCUCCGGCGGACUCGUGGUUGUGCUGAGUGCAGCGCAGCGCUGGAGUGGGGCAGGUGCGGCUAUGGCAGCCGGAGGGAUGGUGGGCCUGCUGCUGCUGGUUUCACUGCUGGUAAUGCCUGGAGCCCGAGGAGCAGAACACUGUGGGGAUGGCGAGUACUUAGCCGAAGAUCACUGCUGUGUAUUUUGUCCAGCAGGUACUUACGUUGCUCAGCACUGCAGAGCUCCGCAUUCGAGAGGAAUAUGUGUCCCUUGCACCGAAGGAGUAGGUUAUACCGCACAUGAGAACGGCUUGGAUGAAUGCUUGUCAUGCAGACAGUGCAAAGAUGAUCAGACAAUUUUGAGAUCCUGUACUCCAACACAUGAUACUGAAUGCCGAUGCAAACAAGGGUAUUUCUGCCCUGCUGAGGGCUGUGAAAUAUGUCAUAAAUGCAGUACAAUGUGUCCGGAAGGAAAAAAAAUUGUGCAGACUUGCAAUGCCACUAUGGACCUAGGAUGUGGCUUACCUGAUCAAGGAAGCACAGUUCAUGUUUGGAUUUUUAUUGUGAUAAGUUUGUUCCCUCUGGGGUUUUUGCUGUUCUGUCUAUGUAGACGGCUAAAGUGUAAUAAAGCUGCUUCACCUGAUAAAGAUGCAGAGAAGGGUCUGGAGUCUGAGGGCAGUACUGAAAGCCUUAUUUUACCAGAAGUGGAGGCACCAGCAAACAACACAGUCAACCCAGAUGAUGAGAACUCUGAGAGCCCAGAAGGCCAAGUGCAAACCAGUGUUAACCUGGAAGUGAAAAACACAUCACCAGAGAAUAGUGUUGUACUCUCUGAGAGGAGCACCAAUCUGUGUGGCAUGAAGCGCCAGGUAGAAAGGUGCUGGAGAAGGAUUGCUGAGUCAUCACGACCAGGAAAGACUGGGCAGAAUCCUGCUUUUCAUCAGAAUGCCCCAUCUAAAGGCCAGAAAGUUAGGAUGCCAGCAAAUCAUAUGAUACGAGAACCACAGUGUCAAAUAAUUGUUAAAGAUCUCUCUCAAAAAGAACUGAGUGAUAGCUAUUUGGUCUUUAUAGAAGAAGUACCACAGAAAAAAUGGAAGAGGUUUAUGAGAAAACAUCUGGAGGAAAAUUCUAUUAAUAAAACUGUUCAUAACUUUCCUAAUGAUAUAGAAGAGCAAUAUUAUCAGAUGCUCCUCCUCUGGAAAAACUCACUGGGGGAGAAACAGUCUAUUAUUAAGCUACUGGAUGAGUUAAGGCAAGUAGAUACCAGGGCUUAUCAUAAUGUAUUGAACACUUUAAAAAGUAAGAAUAUUAUAAAUAAGAUAGAAGCCACAGAUUAAUAUUUGCAGCAAACUUGGAUAAUGUUCUUUUGUACAUAUACAUGUCUACAAACUUCCUUUAAAUGAGGACAUCAACAAACCGCUAGGAAAAGCGGUGGCAUGGCAUCCUCACCUUCAGACAGGGAGCUGGAAGUGAUUUAACGCUGUCAGUGUUCACACGGGCUCUGGUUGAGAUGUUCACUAAGGUCUUUUGAGUUGGAUUAAACUCAGGCGCCAGAUGCCAGUUUGUGAGCGAGGAGCUCCCGCUCGUGUUUUCCCUUUGUGUGAGGCAAAGCCAUGCUUUUUUUUGAGACCAGGCAGUCGGAGCAAAGAGGCUGCCGCUUUCUGAGAAGAUUGCUAUGCUUUGUUUCCUGAGCAAUUGUGUUUCGCUUUGUACUGGCACAUAACUGUUACGUUUGAAGCACAGCAAUAAAAACCUGGCUGAGGCAUAA